CGCGUGGGAAAGAUUCCCACGCAGCGCAUCACUGGCUCACAGUGGAAACGGGUAGUUCGCGAUGUAAUAGUCGGCAGACGGGGAGGUUAUUCCUGAUGCUGACAAUGCUCGAUCAUGUUAAUCCUUAGUUGACAAGAAGUUGACAGUUCACAGCGUAGACCGAUUUCCUGUUGAUAAUCCUUACGCGCGUUGAAUAUAUAUGUAUGUAUAUAUAUAUGGGCCUCGUUUUAACCGCUCAUUGUAAUUUCUUUUUUACGGUAUUAUUUUAUCAUUUCGUCGCUCGCACGUCUGUCCGCCUAACAUUGUACGAACUGUUCGUUAUUUGACGAUAUGAUGCCAAACACGGACGUUUAUGACAAUUUGUACCUGUACGCCACUCCGGAGAAAUUUUAUGUGGAACCGGUCGGGACCAAAGUCCUGCUAGUGGUUGAUAGAGUGAGUCAGCAGAUCUAUACUCAAGCUGGCACAGCUAGUCAAAUUCCAACAACUGCCAGCCGUCGGAAGAUAUGGGGCUUGGUUGGGACUAUACGUCUCUUAGCAUGUCGUUAUCUUAUUGUCAUCAUGGAUGCUCAAAUGUGUGGCACUAUAGCAGGCCAUCAGAUCUAUAGGAUAGCCUCCACUGAGGUGAUACCCUACACAAGAUCAUUUCUUCAUCUGACUGAGAAGCAAGUGCAAAGCAAUACCAUGUACUUGGAGAUGAUGAGAUCUGUCUUGAGCACUCCAUACUUCUACUUCAGCUAUACGUAUGACCUCAGCCACACCAUACAGAGGCUCCAUAACACCACGCCUGAGUUCUUACAGAUGCCGCUUCAUGACAGGGCAGAUCCUAGGUUUGUAUGGAACGCCUACUUACUACAGGAUCUAAGUGCCAGACCAGAGCAGUACAAGUUCUGCUUACCCAUUAUCCAUGGCUUCGUUUCACUGAACACAGUGGUCGUGAACGGCAUAGCAUUUAAUUGGGGUAUCGUUUCCAGACGUGGUAUACAUCGCGCUGGUACAAGACUGUUCUCGCGCGGUAUAGAUUCCACUGGAAACGUUUCCAAUUACGUAGAGACGGAGCAGUUGAUUGAGGUGAAUGGCGAUCGUAGUUCCUUUGUGCAGACACGCGGAUCUAUCCCUCUGUUUUGGUAUCAAGCGCCGAACUUGAAGUACAAGCCGAAGCCGCAGAUCAGUCCUCACGAGGACCAUCAGAGCGCUUGCGCUCGGCACUUCGACGUUCAGAUCUUUCACUACGGAAGACAGAUCUUGGUCAAUCUGAUCGAUCAACAUGGGCCAGAAGCUCUACUUGAAGAGACAUAUCGCAAUUUAGUCCAAAGAAUCAACAACCAAAACGUUCGAUACGAGGCUUUCGAUUUUCACGCGGAAUGUCGAAGAUUGAGGUGGGAUAAAUUGAACAAUCUAAUGGAUCGAUUAGCCCACGAUCAAGAACAAAUGGGUUACUUCCUGCUGAUGAAGGAUGGAGCGCUGCUGUCGGUUCAGGAUGGUGUUUUUCGUACAAAUUGUAUUGACUGCCUAGAUCGGACGAAUGUUGUACAAAGCAUGCUGGCUAAGCGAGUUCUUAACGAAGUGUUGAGCAGAUUGGAAGUCCUUAGGAAGGUGGAGGAUCAUCCUGCAUUUGAAAAUCUUUUCAAGCAGGUCUGGGCUGAUAAUGCGGACGUAGUAAGCAUACAAUAUUCCGGCACGGGUGCGUUGAAGACUGACUUCACGCGCACUGGCAAACGUACUAAACUGGGCGUUAUGAAAGACGGUCUAAACUCACUCACGAGAUAUUAUAAAAACAACUUCGCCGAUGGUUACAGACAGGACUCGCUGGAACUCUUUCUGGGUCGCUACAUCGUUCAGGAUGGCGAAUGCACCUCUAUUCAUUGUCCUUUAGAUUCCGAGCGAAACUGGCGUUACGCUACAUUCCCACUUGUCCUCAUAGUUGCGUCCUCGAUGCUGAUCGCGCAUGUGAUCUUGCCGUCGCGUUACACAACGGAGGUCUUGUUGUACAUGCUAUUUUGGGGUGGCAUGGUAGCCGGCACCUUCGCCACCAUUAUCCAUCACGGCAAGCAAUACGUUGACAAACCGAAAUUACUUUAGAUACAAUUCUAUGGUUCCAAAUUAUAUAUAUUGUAUGAUACAUCCAUCAAAGAUGUGCGAUAAGCGUGUAGAGUUAUUAUUUGGAUAAUUUUUGGUCAAUAUUUCGGUUCUCAUACCGCGGCACAAAGAUAGAUAGAUCUCAUCGCGCGACACACUAAUGACGCUUAUCCACCCGUGAAUUAACAUCAGGUAUCAAAAGGUAUGUGUGUGUGCGUGUGUGUGUGUGCGUGUGUGUGCAUGUGUGUAUAUGUGGGAAUGUAACGUUAUGUUUAAAUUUCCAUAAUUCGAUACUGCUGUUCGCGUUUCCGUAACAUCGACUGGAGGAAGUCGAGUGGCAUUUUUAUUUGCGGUACAGGGUCUAUGCGGGAACUUGGUGUCCUAUUAUUACGAAUUGUCUUGCACUUUCUGCAUAAUAGGUAGUAAAGUAACACGAUGCUCGAACUCGUUCUUUUAGAGUUUACUUGGCAUGUCGUAAGGAGCUCUUGUAACAUAUUAUAGAAAUCUGAGCCUCUGGUCUCCGGCAGCAUUUGCGUGUGUAAGGCGGUCGCGAACAGAGUCAGACCACAGAAAAUGUGUUUGGUACACACCGUCCAUAGAUAACCGCCUGCGAGACCGAUUUGUCAGGCGCAAUCGUAUGAACAAGCUGAACCGGGGAUUGAAAGACUCGUUUUCAAUCUCUGACUCUUAUUGAUUGUUAGAACUUUUGUAAUGUUGGAACCUUCUCGUACGAAUAUAAACUCAUAGUUGUGUCUUGGAUAUAUUUUGUGAUGUUUGAAGAAAAUAAAUAUUUUUCAUUUAAUAUUUUA